AUGUCGAAGAAUUACAUAAAUGCGCUUUUGAAGCCUUUUCGUGAGAGUAACGUUGUCGGUGCCUUCCUGAAAUUGUUCGAGACAGGGCCCAAUAAGCCAGCCAAAGGGGUUGGGUUGGCGAAAAAUGAGGCUCCAGUGGCGAAGACGGGCGCUGCGCAAUACAGCAGCGGCGUACGGAGGGUUACGCUCAUUCCCGGACACGGCAUCGGGCCCGAGAUAACCGUGGCUGUUCAGAAAAUAUUCGAAGCUGCCAAAGUUCCCAUUGAAUGGGACGAAGUCGAUGUCACAGCUGUUCGGGGUCCAGAUGGCAAAUUCGGUAUCCCUCAGAAGGCGAUAGACUCUGUAAAUGCCAACAAAAUUGGCUUGAAAGGUCCCCUGAUGACCCCUGUGGGAAAAGGCUACCGCUCAUUAAAUUUGGCGCUCAGGAAGGAGUUUGAUCUUUAUGCCAAUGUGAGGCCAUGCAAAAGCUUGGAUGGCAUAAAGACCCUGUACGACAACGUGGACGUGGUCACGAUCCGCGAGAACACCGAGGGCGAGUACUCGGGCAUAGAACACGAGAUCGUGGACGGCGUGGUGCAGUCGAUAAAGCUCAUCACGGAGGAGGCGAGCAAACGCGUGGCCGAGUUCGCCUUCCAGUUCGCCAGGGACAACAGGCGCAAGAAGGUCACGGCCGUCCACAAGGCGAACAUCAUGCGUAUGUCUGACGGUCUGUUCCUGCGGUGCUGCCGCGACCUGGCCACCAAGUACCCGGACAUCAAGUUCGAGGAGCGAUACCUGGACACCGUCUGCCUCAACAUGGUCCAGGACCCCUCCAAGUUCGACGUGCUGGUAAUGCCAAACUUGUACGGUGACAUUAUGUCUGACAUGUGCUCCGGGCUGGUGGGCGGUCUAGGCCUGACGCCUUCUGGAAACAUCGGCAAGAACGGCGCACUCUUCGAGUCCGUCCACGGCACUGCUCCGGACAUCGCCGGCAAGGACAUGGCGAACCCCACGGCCCUGCUGCUGUCCGCAAUCAUGAUGCUGAGGCAUUUGCAGCUCAACGAGCACGCGGAUCGCGUGCAGAACGCUUGCUACGAAGUUCUGCGCGAGGGAAAAUCCCUAACCGGAGACCUGGGCGGCACUGGAAAGUGCAGCGAAUACACAAACGCGAUCAUUUCAAAGCUAAAG